AUGCGGUGUUAUGCACAUAUUCUGAACUUGGUUGUUAGUGAUGGUUUAAAAGAAAUGAGUUAUGCCAUUUCUAGCAUAAGGAAUGCAGUUAGGUAUGUGAGAUCUUCACCAGCUAGGUUGAAGAGGUUCAAAGAAGCAUGUAAAGAUGUAAAUGUUGAAUCGAAAGCUUUAUUAUGUUUAGAUGUGGUGACAAGGUGGAACUCCACCUACAUGAUGCUAGAGGCUGCAUUGAAGUUUAAGAAAGCUUUUAGGAAUUUGGAAGGGAUGCAAAUUACACAAAAGAUUCUUGAAGUUCAAGUUGAGCUGAAUGAUAUGAAGAGUAGUAUAGAUGAGUUGAUGAGUAAAAUGGCAGGGAGCAUGCAGUUGAAGUUUGACAAGUAUUGGGGCAAUGUUGAGAAGAUUAAUUUGUUGCAAUAUAUUGCCUCUAUUUUGGAUCCAAGAUUCAAAUUGGAUGUUGUUCAUAACGGUUUCAGGUAUCUCUAUGAUCCCAUUCUAGCUGAAAAAAUGAUAAAGAAAGUUGAGAAUAUGAUGACUACCUUGUAUGCAUUUUAUAAGGGCACUGUUAUGACACCUAGUUCCUCUAAUGAUCAACAAGCAAGUCAAAGUGUCACUUCCAAUGCAAGUGGAAGUUCUAGUAGCUUGUCAUUUCUUAUUAAGCGAAGGAAUGGAAACAAGUAUCCUAUUGUCUCUCAUAUUGCAAGAGAUGUUCUGGCUGUUCAAAUGUCUACUGUUGCCUCUGAAUCAACUUUUUCAACUGGAGGACGGAUUCUCGAUCCAUUUAGAAGCUCUUUGUCUCCAAAGAUGGUCGAGGCUUUAAUUUGCUCAAAGAAUUGGUUGACUUGUGAAUAUGAUGCUCCUAUUGUGUUGAGACAAUACAUGGACGAAAUCGAAGGUUUGGUGACAUCCGAGCAAGUUGAGUCAGCUAUAUAUAAUAGAACGGGGCAUUCAAAGACCCUUGGUGGUCAAUAUGAGACGAUGCCUCGUAUUCCAGCUAAUGAGAAGGAGUUCUGGAUGGUAGUUAAUGAUGCUACCAUGGUGGCCUACAAACUAAUCCCAAAAGAUCAAACACUGGCCAUCAAACCUCGAGGUCCUCCUCCCGAGCUCCCUCCUCCUCAAGAAGUCAUCCCUGCCAUUGAAGACACUAAAGAGGAAGAAGAGAUCACGCAGCUAGUGUGCAAAAGAAAGGUCCCUAAAGAUGAACAACAUCCUAACCAAGACUGA